AGUCCUCCCCAAGUUAUCAACUCUCAUCAUCAAAGUUCAUAUGAGUUUUACCUUCAAUUACCAAUGAGCAACAUUCCCAAAUCUCUAACAGACUCUUCUUUGUCCCUCUUCAAACUAGCCAUCUCUGCUUCUGAUCCUUGGCCUUUCUCUCUCUCUUGUUCCUUGUAACCUCUAAGAAAAACAAGAAAACAAGACUAGGGUUCUUUUCUUGUUUCUUGUGGAUUUUUUAUUUUUUACUUUUGGAAAACUCAAAGAGCCCACAAACGCGCAGCAACAAUAUUGACCCAAUUCGUCAUAAAAAAAGUCCAAACGCGCAACAUCAGGAUCCAACAUACAUUGUUUCGAUUUCUUAAAAUGGUUAGUGGAUACAAAAAUCACAUGAAUUUUCAUCUACAUGUUCCCCAUCUUCAUCUCCUCCACCACCAUGGGAAGGAGGAGGUGAAAGACAUACCAAAGGGUUUCUUAGCAAUCAUGGUGGGGCAAGGGGAGGAGCAACAGAGGUUCAUCAUACCUGUGAUGUACUUAAACCAUCCACUCUUCAUGGAGUUGUUGAAGGAAGCUGAGGAAGAGUAUGGUUUUGAUCAGAAAGGACCCAUCAACAUUCCUUGCCACGUGGAGGAGUUUCGCCACUUCCAAGACUUGGUUGAAAAAGAAAAUUCCGACCACCACCACCACCACCAUCACGGCGGCGGCCACCACCACCAUCUUUUGUGCUUCAGGGUUUGAAAGAUCGAUUAUGGUGUCUCUGUCUAUGUAGAUUUGUGAAUUUUUAUUUUUAUGGCGCUUUUUAACAGUUUGUUUGGAUGUUAAUAUAAAAGUAGUCAGAUUGUUGUAGACGAUGCUGAUGAGAAGUUAAAUGAUAAUAUAGAUUGUUUUAGGUGUAUGUGUAUUGUAAUUUAAAAGUGUAAAAAAUUGUAAUAAUAAAAACAUUUGUACAUAAACAUUUUUUAAACA